ACCCCUCUUGUCAGGCCGAGUGGCGAAUCAAGCUCAGUCCACCGCGUGCGUGCAGAGUAGAAGCGACAGGCAGGCAACCUCCACACACCCCAGCUAGCUGAGGACAGACGCAGGCGUGUUCUCGAUUCUCCACUUCAGUAUCAUAAGUAGUACCUGCUGACAAUGGCGGAAGAGGUGAUCGACGUCAUUACGGACGCUGAGGAGGCCAUCGACGAUGAAGCGGCAUCGGCUGAGGACGCCGGCCUGGACGAGGAAGAGCUCGAAAAUGUUGAAAAGGAAGUGGCAGAAGUCAAGGAGAGCGUCUCCGCACUUGGCAAGGUGGCCGAUUACCUGAAAAAUCUAGAUGUUCCCCUGACUCUCCAGAAAUUCACCCAGUUCGUGAUAAAGAACGCUGCGGUGGGAGCGAUCUUAUACGGAGUCAACGUCGCCCUGACCAAGUUGAAGGCAAAGUUAAGCAGCGGGAGCAGCAGCACUGCCAGCCAGGCAGCCAAGGCACAGUACAACAAGAUCAACGCCUUGAGCAGCCUCAUCAACGAGUUGACGCAGACCUCACAGACUGUGACAACUUGGCUGCAAAGCCACCAGAAUGACACCAUCAAUCUGGAUGGUUUUACCGUACCCCUGAUUGACAUCUUCACCAAGUACACCACAGCGAUGGGACAGGCCGUGGAUAAUGCGUACGCCGUUGCCAAGACCCUCAUAGUCGUGCAAGGCGGUAAGAAAACGUUCUCCAUCCCAACCACGGCCCAAGUCAGCACAAUCAUCACCGCCUCACAGUCGUUCAUCACUGCCUUCAGUGGGAUGGUAACCUUUGCCGGUCAGAAAAAGGCCCAGUUUCCAGCCCUCAGUUCGUUCCCCGUAUCGCAGAGCAGUGUUGAUGACCUCCAGGCCAAGUUGACCGCCCUCGAAACGCUUCCAUAUGCGUGAACAUGACAGUGACUUUACUGACGUGGCAGUCUUGAACGAAACAUGAUUAUGAAAUUUACUUGACAUCGAUAACGGAUAAUAGCAAGAGCGAGAUUUGAACCUGAGCCCUCCUAAUUACUAUACUGUUGCUCUACUAGGCAAUUGUGCCCUAUGUUGAUCUAUGACUCUUUUAACUUUUUCAGAAAAAUUAUCAGUCAUGAAACAAAGUACUUUGUUUAAUCAAUAAUUUUGAAAUAAAGACCCCGAGAAAACUGCGUGUGUCAUCAAAUAUGACAAGUUAAUUUGGUUGUUAGAGCGUAGGUGUGGUAACUAAGAUGUCACAGGUUCAAAAACAAAUUCCUUUAAAGACCAAUUUCUCUGCUUAUAAGUAGUCAGAUAUUGUAGUUCCUAAAUAAAGAAACUUAAAAUCUAACUUUGGGCUUCCAACUUGUUAUAGUAAUAUUAGUUUUUAUGUAAAGUAAAAAAGUAGGACGUGUAAGACUGGCAUUUGCGAUCAGUCAAAAUAGGUGGCAGAACACAAAAGAAUUGGUAGAAAAAAAGGUGAAUGAUUCAUAAAGGUAGGCUUCCUGUCCUGUGCGUUAUAUUUAGAUCUAAGAUAGCAUGGGGUAUAUCAAACUGAUUUAAAACAACUUUACAAUUUACAAACUUCGGUACAAAAAGACGAUUUCAACUCGAUUUGUAAUUACCUUGUUAAUUUGAGGAAGGUGGCCUCGGCUUGGGGAAACUGUAGUUGCGUGAAGCCGGAGGGGAGGCUCGUCCUGACGUUUCGCGAUUUUUCGUCCACUUUAGAAGCGUCGACAUUUUACAAAGAGCACGUUUGCUUACUCGUAUAUUUUUCAGACAUUUUCCAACGCGAACAUUUCGAUCCAAAAUCAGGAUACGCACCGCAGCGUGAGUGAACGUAGUCAGUGCGUGUAUAGGUAGUCACAAAAUGGACCUUUCAAUGAAAAUUUUGGUAAAUAAGACAGGCGCAUGCGCGCUACUAUCACUGGUUGCUUAAAUUAAUGACGUAAGAAUACAAACCUCCAUGCGCGCAACUAUUGGCACAUCCGAGCCAUUAUAUUUUUUUCUUCAGAUGCAGAAUGGCACCCUCUCACGGCCGCAUUCAAUACGCCCAUCCGGGUAAUUUGCAUUUUUCAUAAUUAUACCAACAUAACUAUAAGAUAACUAGAAUCUUAUGUGAAUUACUAUCUGAUUAUUAGUAGUGCUAUGGUGUUUGGCGUAUAUUUAGCACCAUUCUAAAAAAAAACACCAAAAAACAAAAAAAAAAAAAAACAAAAAAAGGACUCCGAUAGACCUGACAGGCGUAUAGCUAGUUUUAGAGCAGUUUCGGAGCAACAUUAUUCUUUCAACUUUUGUUUCUUGUUUGUUUUAUUUUGCUUUUUUUGGUGUAGUAAAGAUUGACUUAAAACGCCAAGGCUUUGAAUUUAGGUGUCUAAAUAAAUAGUUUUGUUCUGGGUUUCGCAUUGUAUACAAACCUCUUUUGUUAUCAUAUAUACUUCGGUAGCCUAAAAAAACAACGGUUCGCAGAAACGGAAUUGUUACCUAUCACCUAUCGAUAUAACAGCGUUUUUGUCCAUUUUAAUUUGAUUCCGUAUUUCACAGUGUGACAUUAAUAUAUCUGAAAAAUAAUCUGGCAGUUUUGAUCUGUUUACCUCUCUGUGGUAAUAUAUCUUACAUAAAUUUCUUUUUUCAUUUUUAGUUAGUAACAAGUACAAUAUAGUCCCUUUUAAUCACUGUUUGUAUAAUAAAUUAGAGUAGCUCGUCGGUGCAAAGCA